ACCGUUUGUGCAAGGAAAGUUUGUUAUGUUAUGUGAGAGCCUUCUCUCAAUAAGGAAAUGUAGUUUAGAUUAACUUUCGUUAAAGUGUAUUAAAAGGUAUAGCUGAAGUGUGCCAAAUAAGGUCUGCUAAAAUAAGUUUUUCAACCAGUGUUUUAUCUCUUGGAGAGUUAAAGACUCUCACGUGGACAUUUAUUUUUUUCGAUAGGUUUCUUAAAACUGAAUGGAGAUGGGGCUGGGACACUAACUUAGGUGGGACAUGGGUAUCUGACGGUAACGCCGACACGUGUUUGAAUUAUCGUAGUUUAGGUUAAUUUAAGAAAUUUUCCAGAAUGACCUUAGAGGCCAUAAAAUACCAUAAGGGAGAACUAAAGAUUCUCGACCAAUUAUUAUUACCAUUAGAAUCUAGAUACAUACAAAUUAAUUGUGUUGAAGAUGGUUGGCAUGCCAUUCAUUCCAUGCAGGUGAGAGGGGCACCUGCGAUAGCAAUUGUGGGCUGCCUGAGCUUGGCAGUGGAGCUACAGCGGGAGUUGCCAGUGGAGAAGAAGCGGUUGAGGAGAGAGAUUGAGGGAAAACUCAAUUAUUUGGUAUCAGCUCGUCCCACAGCAGUCAACAUGAAGACAGCAGCAGAGUAUCUCAUCAGCCUUGUCAACCAGUUGGAUCAGGACGAGAGGAUUAACUCAGAUGAAAUGAAAGCCAAAUUCAUCGAGGCCAUUGAAGAGAUGCCAAAAAAAGAUCUUGCAGACAAUCAAGCGAUCGGGGAAGCAGGAGCAGACGCCAUAUUGGCACGGCAGGAGAACGAUGGACCAGUUCGGAUACUGACUCACUGCAACACCGGCUCCCUGGCCACUUCAGCCUAUGGAACAGCUCUGGGUAUCGUUCGCUCACUGUUUGCCCGCGACAAGAUAGAGCACGUGUACUGCACCGAGACACGACCCUACAACCAAGGCGCUCGUCUCACCGCGUACGAGCUGGUCCACGAGAAGAUUCCGUCGACGCUAAUCUGUGACAGCACCGUCGCUACAUUGAUGCGUACCCGGCGCAUCUCUGCCGUCGUCGUCGGUGCCGACAGGGUUGCUGCCAACGGGGAUACUGCCAAUAAAAUUGGCACCUACCAGAUAGCAGUGGUCGCUGCCCGUCACUCUGUGCCAUUGUACGUGGCAGCUCCGUUGACUACCAUUGACUUUAGCAUCGCUACUGGGAAACAGAUCAUCAUCGAGGAACGCCCUGAGAGAGAGAUGACUCACAUCAACAACAUCAGGAUAGCAGCCCCUGGAAUCGCCUGCUGGAACCCUGCGUUUGAUCUCACACCGGCUGAGCUCAUUACUGGAAUCGUAACAGAAAAAGGAGUGUUCCAACCCGGUGAGCUGCUGGACAAGCUCCACGGCCCUGUCGGCUAGGUUCCUGGCGUCCACUGCACGCACAAGCCUCUGUGAUCUACUCCUGCUCACUUUCUGAUAACACUCUCAGUACUGUGUGAAUAACUCGGGUACUCAGAGUGUUAGUACCAUUAGGAAAAGUAAAUAUAGUCCCUCAUUGUAAAAGAGGAAUACUAAGCUAAUUUAAUAUUAAGUAAUAUUCUUUAAGGAAGGAAAUGAAAUAGAUGUACUUAUUGCCUCCUAAACAGUUUGUCUUCUUAUGAAUUGUUUUCCAAACUUUGUGAGUUUUUAUGAUUAAUUUUUGCAUUUUGUCAACAGAGUUCAAAAGUUUGUUGACCGUUGUAUUAAUAUUAGUUCACUUUUGUCCAUGGAUUGUUACUGUAGUUGAAACUAAAUAAAGUAUUUUUCUUGUUUUGUUUGGAUCAAAUUAUAAAUUAAGUGUUAUGAAACAAACUGAUCUAUUACGAUUCGGAUGCAAUGGGUUUCCUGCUAGGGAUUCAGAAUAUGACUUAAUUUAGCUCAACAAUGAAAGGUCUAGUUUAGCUCGUGAAGUGAAGGUUUUCAUUUUCAUAGCUUAAUAUGCUAAUAGCAAACAGUGUAUAAUCCAAAGUUUGUUUUGGUUUACACAGUUUCAGUUAAGAUUUAAAUACCAGCCGAUAUCUUAAAUAGUAACAAUUUCUUUGUAAUAAUUAAUGUUAUGACAGUUGAUAGGAAAACAACAAGUCCCACCUUAGUAGAAAAUCGGUUUGGUUAUAUGAAACCUGUCCCAGCAUGUUACUGGCUAAAAGUCAAGUACACAAGAUAUAUUAUUACACUGCUGAUGGAUCACACAUUGAUCAUUGCAACUUCUUGCUCCCUAGUAUUGAGUUGUAUUAAUUCAAAUAUAAAGGAUGUCAUCAGAUUUGGAAAAAUAUCUUAUACCAGCAGAUCUAAGUAAUGUGGGAAACCAUGCUGUAUUAAUUGUGCGCAUUUACUCAAGAUGUACUCAAAUUUUAAAAUGUGUUUUAUCAUCACCAUAUCAUAUGCCUCAUUUGAGGCAUAAGUACAGAACCCCAAGUAUUGUAAAGACUAUUUGAAUUAUUACUGGAUUAGAAUACCUAAUCAUCUUUUCAAGAACCAUAUUACCUAAUUUUCAAAAUUUAGUUCUUUUAUAACAUAACUCAUUGUUCACAUUUCUCUCGUUUGAUCUGUGAUCAACUUGGCUGAAGUUUAUUGUCUUUUGAUCAAAGUUACUGUGUUUUUAUAAAUGUUAUUGGGAGACUGAGAAUGUUCAAGAGCUCAAAGACUUUUGGUAAAUAGAACUUGGAACACAAUUUGUAAAAAUAGUGAUACAAUUUUGAUCAUUUGUAACAAGUUUGAAGCAAACGUAAAGUGAACAAUAUGAACAAGUUGCUGUAUGGUUAAAGAAAAUCACCUACCAAUAGUUCAAAUUUGCUUUUGUAGGUAAGGGAUUUUUCUGGUUGUUAUUAAACUGAAGACCACAGUAGCUCUGAGCUGGAAUUUUAUAGAGUCCAAAUUAGUUCCGACCACUCAACUUAUCCUAUCGAACUUCAAUUAAAAUAAUUUUCAAGUGAAAGCUCAGACUCCGUAGGUCAGAACAGAAAUAUUCAAAAGACUUUCAAGUUCAUCACUGCCACUCAUUUAUGUUCCUUCUACAUGCUUAGUGAUCAGUGAGUUUCCUACCUGUCUAAUCCUGAUCUAGUCUUGCACAAGUACGUCUCUCGUAUUAUCCCCUUAAUUCCUCCUCCUGUUCUCUUUUCAAAGAAGGCCAGCCAUGUCUGUUAAACGUCCCAAGUACUAAUUAUUUAUAUCCUCCUUGCUUAGAUCUAGGAGUCUAGACCACACUUCAGCAUAUGGAGAGAUAAACAUUUUUAAUUGCCUGAGUCUUGAGGUCUUUCUCCAAGUCUCGGAUCUGAUUUUCUUAGGAAUGUACCAGAGCUUUUACUGUAGGACAAGGCUAAUCCUAAACCCGGAUCUGGUCCUACCAAAAGGCUUUCAGAGUCUAUUUAGGACAGAGUGUUUGCUGUUUCAUUCUCAGAAAUGCCUUUUUGACCGGCUCCCAACCGAAGACAACUUUUUCGAUCCAAAGGAGCAAACGUCGAGCACCAUUAAAGCGGCCUAAUUACCUUAUAUAGGUAUAAUAAUAAUAAUAACACAUUGUGCACCUUUAUAUAUCUUCUUUAUUAGUCGUCUGGGUCAUGUUUCAAUCACCAUGACUUCUGCUUGGAAAACUGUGGCAUAUUUUCCUAAUGGUAUCAUCAGUCUGGCUCCUAGCCAUUACACACCAAACCCUGCCCUGAAGUCCAUCUGUAAGCCAUCAGUGUAAAACUUCAGAACACGUUUAGUAGCGUAGGUUUAUGGAGUAUUUCUUCACCAUGCACUCGGGACACGUUAGGAGGAGUGUAUCCUAGUACCACUUCCAGUGCCAAUGUUGGAUGUAUUAGUGCCAUAUGUAAGACCAUAGUUUUAUAUCGUUGAGGCCUCCAGUUAAAGUGAUAUCUAGCACUCUUACUUAACCUUGUAAUAAUAGAGGAUUCCAAAUUAAACAUGAAUUCACGGAGUUCCUCACUUGUUUUGUUUAUGUUGGAGCUCCCUCAGUAGGUAUGAUAGACGUUGCCAUCACAACCGAGAAUCAGCGCCACUGCUGUUCCUCUGCAGUAUUCAGUAGGUAUGAUAGGCGUUGCCAUCACAACCGAGAAUCAGUGCCACUCCUCUUCCUCUGCAGUAUUCAGUAGGUAUGAUAGGCGUUGCCAUCACAACCGAGAAUCAGUGCCACUCCUCUUCCUCUGCAGUAUUCAGUAGGUAUGAUAGGCGUUGCCAUCACAACCGAGAAUCAGUGCCACUCCUCUUCCUCUGCAGUAUUCAGUAGGUAUGAUAGGCGUUGCCAUCACAACCGAGAAUCAGUGCCACUCCUCUUCCUCUGCAGUAUUCAGUAGGUAUGAUAGGCGUUGCCAUCACAACCGAGAAUCAGUGCCACUCCUCUUCCUCUGCAGUAUUCAGUAGGUAUGAUAGGCGUUGCCAUCACAACCGAGAAUCAGUGCCACUCCUCUUCCUCUGCAGUAUGCAGUAGGUAUGAUAGGCGUUGCCAUCACAACCGAGAAUCAGUGCCACUCCUCUUCCUCUGCAGUAUUCAGUAGGUAUGAUAGGCGUUUUCAUCACAACCGAGAAUCAGUGUCACUCAUCUUCCUCUGCAGUAUUCAGUAGGUAUGAUAGGCGUUGUCAUCACAACCGAGAAUCAGUGUCACUCAUCUUCCUCUGCAGUAUUCAGUAGAUAUGAUAGGCGUUGUCAUCACAACCGAGAAUCAGUGCCACUCCUCUUCCUCUGCAGUAUUCCACGAGUCUUUUCUCUUGCAUUUGGAACAAGUUGUAGAUGGUUUCGGGAAGUACAAUAAUGCAACGAUCACCUCUCUUCACCCUAACUUUUACUGCCACUGCCACCAAGUCUUUGGUUAUUAAUUCUGUAACAGAAAACUUAUUUCUUUAGAGAGAAAAACACAAGCUCUUGGGUUGUUUUCAACAGUUCAACCAUAAAUUAGGUUUCCAGCCUAAGUCGUUAGGCCAGUGAUUAGGUCAAUUUCUCGGCUUUUUGAGAUAUACCUCCUUCUCAGCUGUACUUUUUCAUGAUGGAGGCUUAUCUGUAUUAGGCUUGUUAUUUGAACACCUUUCCCUCAACUCCCGGACAUGAUCUACUCCUGUCGUUCUUCUUGGUUUGCUUGGCAACUGCUCCACCUUUUUCCAUUUAGCAGAAGCUGAUGGUCACUUUAACGUGGGCCCUUUCUAUAAGGAAAAGAGAAGAGAUGCGUUUUUUAUCUGCUGCUACAGCUUGGAAUAGAUCUUUGUUUUGGGUUUGUGAGGAACUUUUGAUUUGACUUCUACUUCCCCCACUUUUAUCCUCUCAGCACUAGCUUCUUUUGAAAACAACCCAGGCUUCUCUUUCCCUUCCUCCUCCUUCCUGGGAUCCGAUAACCUUUGAGAUUUCUUCCAAACUAUUAGCUGCAAGUUUGUUUGCAGUGGCACAGUCCAUUGCGAAGGUAAGAAGUACAAACUUCCCCUUAGAGGACAAAAAAGCCCUUAUUCUGUACCUUGAGAUACUUCAAAAUCUUCUCAUUUGAGACAUUUAUGCUGUUUGGAAGGUAGACAAUUGUGUAUCUUGACCUUAAAUAUCUCCCUUUUGGCACUGUCUUCUUUGCCCUAUACAAAGGCCUGAAACCUCCUGUUUACUUCUUAGCCAUUCUGCCGUUUGUUGAUUUUAUAGUAUAGAUCCCUUGUCUUCUGUUGAUACCUGUUAAGAGUGUUCUGUAUAGCUUCCAUCUGUUCUGGAGUGAGGAGGGUCUCAUGAAAACUCCCACCCUUACUCUUUCGGUUUCUUGUUUAUAAGAUAUUGUAAUGAGAAGCGCAGUGUGCUUCUUUUGUACCCAUCCCCAACGUCCUUCCUUUCUUGGCUUCGUUCAGAUGUCCCUCUGGAGUGGAUCCAUCUGAAAGAGAUCUCUUUGACCACCAAAGAGCUCUUUUCUUUGUUUUUUACCAUUAAGUCAUAAAUGUUGUGAUACAUGGGGUUAAUCAAGCACAAAUCGAUAAAUGGUGAUGAACUUGCAAAGUCUUAAUGAAAAAUUAUCAUACUUAUAAUACUUUUAAUAGAAAUUAUAUUUUCUGGUUAUUUUGGCAUUAAUCAAUUUAAACUUCAUAAUAAUGCAAGUAUCAUGUCAAAAUGUAAAUACUUUUUUGAGGCACUGCAUGGCACCCAAGUAUCAAAGGAUACAGGAUUUCGGACAUUUGCCAGUUUUGUAACGUGGAAUACACAAAGAACCUGAGGAAAACAAAAGUUAUCCUGAAGUUUUUAUCUUUGUAAUAUAUUUAUAUAAGUUUCAUUGUUAAAUGGACAGAAACAAAAUUGCUCUGUAUGGACCUACUAAUUUAAAAGUUGACUAAGCUAACUGAUUUGUUUAGGAGAAAGCAAGUAUUUCUCUUUAUGACAUAAAUUGCUCCAAUGAUGCUGAAACCAAGUAAUUUUGUAGAUAAACAUCGGCUCUGAGCUGUUCACUAAAUAUUCCUUAACAGCUGUCUCGUGUCAAUUAAAAGUGUAAAAUAUUGUUAUAGGCGUGUUUAAUCAAUCAUUUUAUCUAUAAUAGCUUGUAUUUGUAAUCAAAGCUUGAUUAUAUUUUAUAUAACAGAUAUAUAUUAUGUAUGACUUGUUAUAAACAGUACAUUAUUGUCUGUCAAACCAAAUAAAAAUGCUUUGUUUAAA